AUGUCAGCGCCAAACAGCGAACGGGACUCAAGCUUUUUCAAGGAGGAUCAACUUGUUCAAUCUCCAGUCAGUUCUCCUACCUUACACGAGUCUCCACCAUCUUCCCCUAUACUCAGUCAUACUUUACACAACCUGAAGGAUUUUCAAGGUCCAAGACUACCCUCUCGUUUCACAGAAAAUGGCCUUGUCUCCAACCAAGAUGCCUCUUCCCAGGAUGCAGAAUCCUCCAUAAAAUCGCAAAAUACUACCCCUACCCAUCCAUCCGCUUCCACAACUCCCGAUGCAUCUUCGUUACAUUCUUCUGAUUCGUCUCCUGUUCCAUUUCACUUAAACUCGCCCCAUACGCCUAAACGAAUGGCCUCGGAAGGGUACUUUGCAUUGCCAAAGCAAGUCUCUUCUUUACGCACAGAGUACCGGCCUGCUUCACUCCAUCAUGUUCCCAGUUUUCAUCCACCCAGCGAUAGUGCUCCACCAUCUCCCCUUCUGCUUGCCCAAAGUAUGAAACGAAAAGGCUCCACAAUGAGUAUUCCGGGACAAACCUCCAGUGUGUAUUCGAAUCCAAAUUCCGAGGGUGAGGGCACUGCGCCAGAGGAAAAACUAGUAAUUAUUAUGGUCGGUCUUCCGGCUCGAGGCAAAUCGUAUAUCGUCAACAAAUUGGUUCGAUACUAUAAUUGGCUUCAGUAUAACUGUAAAGCGUUCAACGUCGGAAACUUCAGAAGAAAACAAGCUUCUCGUGGACCUGACGAUGCUUCUUUUUUUGAUCCCUCCAAUCCUGAAACUUCAAAACUUCGAGAGGACAUGGCGAUGAAUACACUAACUGCUUUGCUCGACUGGUUUGAAAAUGAGAAUGGUGUCGUUGGCAUCUUCGACGCCACCAAUAGCACUGCUAUCCGAAGGAAGGCUGUCGUCGAGCACUUAAAGAAUGUUCCCUACGUAACCACCCUUUUCAUCGAGUCUGUUUGCAAUGAUGAGCAGUUAAUUGCUGCCAACAUGAGAAUGAAACUCUUUGGUCCCGAUUAUAAAAAUAUGGAUCCUGAGAAGUCACUUAGAGACUUUCAGGAGCGUGUUCGAUUGUACGAACAAAAGUACGAACCGCUUGGAAAAUUCGAGGAGGAUUUGAAUUUACGCUACAUUAAGGUCAUUAAUGUAGGCAAAAAGGUAGUCGCCUUUAAUAUUCGGGGAUUUCUUGCCGGUCAGGCAGUUUUCUUCUUGCUUAAUUUCAACCUUUCGCCUAGACAGAUUUGGGUAACUCGUCAUGGAGAGUCCGUGGAUAACACCAUGGGCCGUAUAGGAGGUAAUGCUUCAUUAACCAAUCUUGGAAAGCAAUACGGAGAAGAUCUUGCAAUGUUUAUCGAAACAAAGCGUGCGGAAUUCCAAGAUCGAUUGUUUUAUGAUAUUACGAGGGAAUCCAAUCUUUUAAAUGGCGGUAACUUGUAUCAAAAAAAACAAUAUCAACCCGACUAUAAUAAUCAGUCUCCAACUGAAGCAAGGACUCCUAUUGAAUUGGAUCCAGAAGAUGAAGAAAAGAUUAUUAAGCCUUUCAGCGUGUGGACUUCAAUGAUGAAAAGGAGCAUGGAAACUGCUGCAUAUUUUGACGAUGAACAAUAUGAUAUCAAAGCUAUGCGAAUGCUAAACGAAAUUUGUUCGGGUAUUUGCGAUCAGCUUACAUAUGAGCAGAUAGAGAACAUGCACCCCGAGGAGUACGAAGCUCGAGCGUUGGAUAAGCUUAAUUACAGAUAUCCCGGUUCUGGUGGUGAAAGUUACCUGGACGUUAUAUAUCGACUUCAAAGUGUUAUUGUCGAGAUAGAACGCAUGAAACAUCAUGUUCUAGUUAUUGGACAUAGAGUCAUCACAAGAAUUAUAGUCGCGUAUUUCCUGGGAUGCCGUCGAGAAGAUAUUGCACAUUUGAAUGUGCCUCUCCAUACUGUUUAUUGUAUUGAGCCGCAACCGUACGGCACAAACUUUUACCAAUAUAAUUAUGACCCACAGACACGCACUUUCACCCGCGUACCCUUCCAUGUCUAA